GCUUGAAACCUGACCGACUCUCAACGACGACAACGACGACCCAUCCUCCCACCUCGUCCCUCUCUUCAGCUCCCUCUUCGAUUUCCCCGUUCGAGGUCCACAAGUCGCAAAAAUGGGUGGUGUCACCGUUCGCGAUGUCGACGCGCAGAAGUUCAUCGCUGCCUACUCUGCGUUCUUGAAGCGUCAGGGAAAGCUCCCCAUUCCUGGAUGGGUUGACACUGUCAAGACCUCCGCUUCCAACGAGCUCCCUCCCCAGGAUGCCGACUGGUACUACGUCCGCGCUGCUGCCGUCGCCCGCCACAUCUACAUGCGCAAGACCGUCGGUGUUGGCCGUCUCCGCAAGGUCCACGGUUCCGUCAAGAACCGCGGCUCCCGCCCCAACCACCACGUCGAUGCCUCCGGCUCCGUCGACCGCAAGGUCCUCCAGUCCCUCGAGAAGAUCGGUGUCCUUGAGCACGACGAGGAGAAGGGUGGCCGCCGCAUCACCCAGAGCGGCCAGCGUGAUCUUGACCGUAUCGCCAAGACCACCGUUGACGAGGAGGAGGAGGACGAGGAGUAAAUUAGUCCCGCUGGAUUUCGAUUUUAAAAUAAUGAAAAAGUCCUGAUGUUACCCCUCUCUCUUUUCUCCUCUCCCUCUAUUCUCCCUCCAUCUUCUUUCUACAUUUUAUUCACUUCUUUUGAACCCUUUUGUCGCUAUGUGUGAGUGAGGAAUGAAAGGGAAGAUCUAGGGAGGGGAGGGACGUGUCUGGUUGGGUUCAACAUAUCACCUUACGUCUACCCCGGACGUUCUUUUCUUCUGGGCAGAUACAAGGGACAGGCCAGAUUUCAUUGGAAAUUCGAUUAUCGGAUUUGAAGCGUGGGCAUGAGGCACUCGAGAUGACAGACAAAGACAAAGACAACCAACCAAUGGGAGAGGAUGAACUGAAUCAUGUGUUUUUUCUUAUUUUGUCCUAAACCACCCUCACACCCUCGAAUUUCAGUUGUUCAUGCCGGGCAUUUGCAAGUGAAC